CGCAGCGCGGUCUCUCCAAGCGGCGUAGUCGGGCGCUUUGGGCGCGUCUCGCCUUGAGAUCCCUCCACUUGAGCUCAGGCGCCUCCUUAUCCUUAGGCAGACGCCGACUCCCGGUCAGAGCCUCACUCGAGCGGAGACGCUCUGGGGCGCAGCUACUCCGGCGCUCCCUCGCUGCACCGGCUGAAGCGGACAACCAUGGACCAUGGCCUCAAAGAAGGGGACGCUGCCGGGCCGACCGCUGGCGGUGCCGCGCGAGGAAAUAAUACCGCCGCCGCCGCCGCCACCACUGCCGCCUCCUCCUCCUCCGGCGGCGUGGUCGUGCAAGUGCGCGAGAAGAAGGGACCCUUGCGUGCCGCCAUCCCCUACAUGCCGUUCCCUGUAGCCGUCCUCUGCUUGUUCCUCAACACCUUCGUACCUGGACUAGGGACAUUUGUAUCAGCUUUCACAGUCUUGUGUGGAGCCCGGACGGAUCUCCCUGACAGACACAUUUGUUGUGUGUUCUGGUUGAAUAUUGCAGCAGCUCUGAUUCAGAUUCUCACAGCAAUUGUGAUGGUUGGCUGGAUCAUGAGUAUAUUUUGGGGGAUGGACAUGGUCAUUCUUGCCAUUUCACAAGGUAUGUUUUUAUCUGAUAUUUCCCCCCACAAUUUAAUUAAUUUAAACAUAAACACUUUUCCUCAGGGAAAAUGUUUCAAAUACUAAACUAAGCCUGCAUUCUUUUAUUAUUUCAAACCAUAAUGCAAUUGCUUUGUGUGGGGCUUAGGAUAUUGUGAACUAAGCCACCAAUAUUACUAAAUCAUCACUUUUAACUUUGCUUAAACCCAAAGAAGUGUGAUUCAUUCAGUAAAUCACGAUAAAGCAAACCCUACCAUAAUGCACAUGAACCCCAUCUUUAAGACCUUGGCCAGAGAUCACUGAGGACAAUUCCUUGAUCCACAUGUUUCAGUUUCUUAAUCUAUGAACUAAUUUUGCUUCUUCACAUUACGAAGCUUGAAACAAACUGCUUAAGCUUAAAAAAAUUUGAAUUGCAUGGGUUAGAAGCAUACUCAGAAAAAAAUCUGCAGAAAAAUUAGGUGGGCAACCAUUUCAUAAAAUAUCUGUGUGGGGAAUUAUUUUUUGUAUGCCAAAUGUUGCAUUCAAAUGUGUCCAUUCCUCCUCCCUAUCCAAACCUAAUGUUAAUUUGCUUUCCAAUCCAAUUCCAUUUAAGAAUAUAUAUAUAUACUGGGAUCCUGCUGUACCUGAUACUAUAUAUAUUAUAAUAGUGGCAUUACUUGUAAAUUAAAUCAGAGUUCUUUUUUCUGUAAUUUUCCCACAUCUGAUUUACAAGCCCAGACAAAACCAAUAACAAAAAAUAAGUCCUAUUAAAAUGUAUUUACUUGAGGUGAGUAACAAAUGAGGGCAAUUCUGAAGGGAAGAAUAUGUGCCAAGCACAUACAGUGUCCCUCUGAGCUUCUGUCCUGAUUUAUCAGCAUGCAGACUAGAAUGCAAAAUAUGUGUCAGCUGUUAUUUACAUGAUGUUCCUUGUAUCACAGAAAAAAAAAUAUCCUUAAGCUGUGCUUAAGUUUAUUCAUCCAUGUUUUAAACCACAUUUACAUAUAAGGAACUUUGGAGAAAUAAUGCUUGCAACAUCUUGAGACACAGCUAUUUCAGUCUCCUGGUUAUGUCCCAGGAUGAAGUGAGCAGCAUAUGAAAACACCUUUAGAAAAUGAAUGGAAACACUGUUGGCAGUGUAAAUGAAGUUUUAAUUUAAUAUGUUAUGCCAUGGAUGCAGAGCAGGGGUACUUUUUGAGUGUCCUUAACAAUUAAUUCUCUGAAAACUCGGAUAUGUAUCCUGAAUAAAAUCAAGGAACUCUUGUACAUAAUUAUUUUCUUAUUCUUUCACUUUGCCCAGAAAGGCAAUGACUAUGUCUAAAGUUGCUAGAAAUCCUUACCUUCUACCCUAGUAGUUUAAUAUCUAUCUCCACACCCAAUUUUUAAAAAUCAAAUAUUGUUUUUAUGUUUGCAUUUAUACUUUGACCUAAAUAAAUAAUUUUCAAUAAAAUAAAAUUAAUGGUAGAAUUCCCCAGAGACUGACUUUGGUUGCUAAUAUUCAUUUCUACACUCUUAAGCGCAAUCACAGAAGAAUAUUCUCCUCCUAUUUCAUUAGCUCUGAGCAGUAAUCCAAAAUAUUAAGAUUUAUCUUAUUGCUUAGUGCAGAUUGUUUAACCUUCCUUUUCCACCAGAACCUAAGAUACUGUUGGAUUCCAAUGGAACCCAACAAUAACUUCCUUUCCAUCUUCUUUCUUUCUUUUGUGUGUGUGGUUGAGUAUCCAGCAGAGCGGAGGUGCAGAUCAGCAGAGAGUGACCUUCACUGAUCACUUGGACAGCUAAAACUGCUUAUGGAGACUCUGACAUGUGGAUUUUUGAACUGGCACAGUCAACAUGCCAGGAUGCCAGCCAAGCCAUUCCAAAAGUGGAAGAAAGCCACUGGUUAGGUAGGGAUAUGGCUGAGGAGGAAGAUAACAUUUGCGCAAACAUCACUGAAGAAGUUACAUUUUUUCCAUCUUAUGGGAUGAACUACAUGGAAAUAUUUCACUUUCUUUGUCACUUCUUGAGGAAAUGUCCUGAUGUGAAUAUCAAGAAGCAGAGGAAAUAUUGAUAGAUAAUGUGCAAUAUAUCAAAGCAAACAUUUGAAGGGAGAUUCCCGCCCCCCCCCCCCAAAGGCAUUCUUUAGUGCAGGAAAGUUCAAGUUGUAACUUUCUUGCUUGUGUAUGUACUUGUGGGAUUUUUUUGGUGCUUGUUAAAUAACUGUUUUCUGCAGCCAAUUUAAGAUUCAGCUUGCUGCUUUUGUAAAUCCUGUCAUUAUUGCUUACCUAUUCAUGCAUUUUGCCACCUUUUACUUUCUGAAUGUUGGAAAGAAGCUGUGAACUCUUUGUCUAACCAGAAGCAAGAAUUUGGCUUUGCUAAAUUUUAUUUCCACCAUUACUUUUUACAGAUGUUUUAUUCUAAAGUGUGAGGACUGGGUUUUAAGAGAUUAUAAUAUGGAGAACAUUUUAUUGUAUACUAUGGAAAAUGAAAGAAGAAAGAAGUAAUAUUUUCUGCUCCCUCAAAGAAACUGUGCCAGUAAAUGUUAAUGUAUUUUGGAAAUGUGCGUAUAAAUGAUGGAUAGUAUUUGUAGCUGAGCUGCAGUAAAGGUGUGAUAUCUCUCUUUCCUAGUAUAUGUGCUCAUAGGGUUCAUUACAGGUAAAACAAGUUAAUACUUUUAAGAUACUUACAAAAAUAAGGCUGACAAUUUACUGAAGUUAACAGAAACAAAGCCCUGUUGUGGAAUUUGUUGAGCAGAACUCUGCUGUGUUGUUACUUAUACAUUCCAAGACCUCAUAAGAGCUUAACUAUUUUUUACCAGCAUCCAUUCAGAUUCUUGGUUAUGACUGUUGGCGUCUUUAUAGAUCAUAAUGAGAAGAGUUUAAUAGACAGAUUCCAGUCCUUGUUCAACCAUGAUGACUUUGGUUCAGUUGCUUUUUCGGCCAUAAUAUCAUUAGAUUGUUUUGAAAGAAAAAAAUAGCUGUUUCUGUGUGAAAAUCAUUAAUGGUAAAAUAAACGCAUAAUAUUGUGAGUGAAA